AAGAUAGUCCGAAACACCGGGUCCAUCGUCACAUGCGGGCCCUUUCCGCUUGGAAGGCGCGAGAAAAAAGGCCCAAAACCAAGCAAAGCAAAGCAAAGCAAAGCAAGCAAGCAGCAACUCAGCACACGAUCAUUGCAUCACCCGCUACUCUCCUCUCCUCUCCUCUUUCUCCCUCUCUCUCUCUCUCCUUAUCCUCCCGCCCAUUCUCACCCCCUCCGUCGCCAACUCUCUUAAUCUUCCCUUUUCUUUCCUUCUUGCCUCGGUCGUUCUCUUCGUCUUCCCUUGUAUUAUUUAAUUUCAACCCGCCUUGAAACUUCCCCUGAACCCGCUCUCUAGUCCCCGGCACUUUCCUCCUUAUCUUUCCCUCCCGAAAAUCCUCCAGACCUUCCGAAACGCACACACGACUUUCCACCAUGGCUGACGUGAGGUAUCCCGACACAAAUGGCCACAGCGCACUCGCAAAGGGUAAAUAGCUGGCUCCAUGCACACCUGCUUCGUGUUUACCGCUCGAAAUUGGUGACUUUAUGACCAACUG